AUGGAAAGGUACAAAUUGUUACGGGAGAUAGGUGAUGGAACCUGUGGGAAUGUUUUUAUGGCUUAUAAUGUAGAAACUAAUAAAAUUGUUGCCGUUAAAAAAAUGAAGAGAAAGUUUUUCCAAUGGGAAGAAUGCGUUAGUCUUCGAGAAGUGAAGGCUCUUCAGAAACUAAUUCACCCUAACAUUGUGAAGCUGAAGGAGGUGACGAUGGAAAAUCAUGAGCUGUUCUUCAUCUUUGAACACAUGGAGUGUAAUUUAUAUGAUGUCAUGAGGGAAAGGCAAGUUCCUUUCCCUGAAGGGGAUAUACGGAACUUUAUGGUCCAAAUACUGCAAGGUCUUGCAUAUAUGCAUAAUAAUGGGUAUUUCCACCGUGAUUUGAAACCUGAGAAUUUGUUGGUGACAAAUGGUAUUGUUAAAAUUGCUGACUUUGGGUUGGCUAGAGAAGUAUCUUCCAAUCCUCCUUACACUGAUUAUGUUUCCACCAGAUGGUAUCGGGCUCCAGAGGUUCUACUGCAAUCUUCAGCUUAUACACCUGCUAUUGACAUGUGGGCGGUUGGUGCUAUUUUGGCUGAGCUUUUUACACUGUCCCCUCUUUUUCCUGGUGAAAGUGAGACAGAUCAGCUUUACAAAAUAUGCACUGUGCUUGGGACCCCAGAUUGCACUAUCUGGCCAGAGGGAAUGAACCUGCCUCGUUCAUGUAGCUUUAAGUUUUUUCAGAUUCCUCCAAGAAACUUAUGGGAGCUCAUUCCUAAUGCUUCUUUGGAAGCAAUUGACUUGAUCCAGCAACUUUGUUCCUGGGAUCCACGAAGGAGGCCAACUGCUGAGCAAGCAUUACAACAUCCCUUCUUUAAUGUGUGCAACUGGGUACCAAGACCUGUCCAUGAUGCUUCCCAUGCAAAAACAGAAGAACCUAAAGCGCAUCCAAGAUUGGAACUGAACCUGUGGGAUUUCAGCACUGAACCUGAUGAAUGUUUCCUUGAUUUAACUCUCAGUCUAAAGCCAAGCUUUCCUGGAACAGACCUUGCUAACCAUGUUCCACGACGUACAGAAGAGGAACUUCUACUCUUCUCAGGAUUUGAGAAUACCCCUGUGAAGUCCGGUUUUUGGCCUCUGGUGCCAUCUGAUCGUCCCGUUGGUGAUGUUCCGGUCAUACCAUCCUGGCAGCAGGCGUAUAUGGUUGACAGCCAAGCCGCAUUGCCAGGAUUUUCUGGCUCUCCGUUCGGCCUGUCGUUGCAGCCGAACCUGUUGGAGAACCAUUCGCUAGCACCAAUCCGGCAGGUGAAUUUCUUCUGA